CCUGAUCUACGUACAACUCUCAGCUGAUCUAUCAUCUGUAGUUCAGUUGGUCAACAGACGUGCUUGUGGUACAGUUGUCGACCAGUACUCAACAAUUAACGAUGGCUCUCUCGUUCUUACAGUGUUAUGCUGUCAUCCUAGUCUUAGCUGUGUUCCAACCAGCCUACUUACAGUCAUUGACGUCAGAAAUGGGGGAAGAGACAUUACAAGUAAACAGGGUCAGAAGAGAAGCUGCUGUUGGUAUUGUCGAUCCAAAAACCCUAACCAUAAACCCCACGCCAUGCCCUGAUGGUCAAGAUUUCUGUGAAACUGCAGACGACUACCCCACAAGCCACAUCAAUGAAAUGAUAAAGAAACAACCCAAGUUCAUCCUGGAUCAUUUUUAUACUGAGACGGAGGAUUACGAUGUCAAUAAGUUCAAUCCAUCAAUCGCAGGCGAAACUCCACUUUGUGCUGCUUCAAACAGAGUGGUUUACCCACAGAAAGGCAGAGCUAGAGACGGCACUUACGAGUUUAUUGUCAACGACAACGACUACAAGCAGGGUGUACGGGUUGAAGCUUGCCUGUCACAGAGUAACAACAACCAAUGCAACAUCCCCGGAAGUCUGUCACUAGGCUACACCUCGUACUGUGUACAGAAACACAUCCAACGCACCAUGGUGGUGGUGGACAAGUCGUCUCCAGGACUGUCAGGCUUUCUCACCAAACCCUUCGAGUUCCCUUCUUGUUGUUCUUGCGUAGUUGUGAUGAACAGCAACGCAGAACGGUUCGGCAUCAGCCCUGUUGGGUCCGGUCCCAUCAACACCACUGCUGCCAACACACGCACCUAAACAUCCCAAUCUACCCGGUGUUGGAGAUAGAUGGAAUGAUCGAGUCUUGAAAGUUCUGUUGAAUCGUAAUAUAAGAAUCACUUAACAAUUUUAAAUCUGAAUGAAGCAUACCUUAAGGUAUGUGACAUUGUACUAAAGAACAUUUAAUUGAAGCAAUUGAAGUCUAAUUCCCAUUGUUCAGAGUCCUGUGUGUAUAAGGGAUUUCAAUUUGAUGAUAAAAUGUAUCAUGAAAUAUUUUUAUUAAAGGAAUUGAUGGUGACUUUUAUAUAUAUAUUAAAAAAAUAUAUAACAUGGAUGAGCGGUCUACGAUGGACUUUGGAUCUGAGUUAGAGAUAACACAGGUUCUAAUCUUAUCUGUGACCGUUGCACUUUUUAUCAGUACCACCGACCUUAUCGACUCUGCCCCUUGAGCUACUGACCCAUGAGCACGGGCAGAAUAAAGCUUAAAAGGACAUCGGCCUUUUUUAAAUAUGUAAAACCAAAAUUGGUAAACUCUUUAUACAUUUUCGUACAUCUCGGCGUACUUCUUCAGGCGUAACAUUGAAUAUUAAACAUCGCAUAUUCCAGGAAACACAAUCAGGACAAAAUUGAAACCUAAUAUUAGUUGUGAGGUAUUUUUCACAGUUUUAUUAUUCAAUUUCAGUUCUUUUUAUUGUUUAUACUUCUAGUUAGUUUAGUGAUUCAAUUUUGUAAAUAUUUAUAUAAUGUUCGAUGUUACGUCUGAAGAAGUACGCUGAGAUGACGAAAAUGUAUAAGGAGUUUACCAAUAUUUGGUUUUUUUAUUUUUGAAUGAAGCGAAUUCAUGUACUGUAGAUAUAUAUAUUGAGAAUCUUUGACCCACCGCCUGUCUCUUUAUCCAUCCAAAGAACUAAUGAAGGACAUUAUUAAUCCAUUCUACUAAUUUAUCAGAUUAAUUUACUAUAUUCUUGGGCAUAAAGUCUAAAAGCCUACUUUGAAGUAAUUGAUUUACCUGCUUAAAGCAGUAUAUAUAUUUAGUAAUUAUUAUCUUUACUGUAAUCAAGUAAACAAUAAUUACAUCUUAAAUAACUGUGCCAUGGGCUCACCAUUACUUCUUUAAAACCUCGUUAUCGUUUGUGAAUUUCCUGAUUUCAUAUCACAAUAUUGAAACAUCACAUUAGACUUUAAAUACUGUUUCCUUGCAUUAAACAAAACUAAAAUUUUAGAAUACAAAUGUUAUAAGUCUAAUUUUUUAAAUAAAACGAACGUUUUAAAACUAUUUUGAUUAAAGUAGAAACAGUAUGGAUCAGUCAAUGAAUUCCUUCCUUGAACUUCUUUCUUUCUUUUUUUUAAUUCGUAAGCUAAGCGAUUUAACAGUUGAUUCUGAAUCUCUCUAUUAAUGUGUUUAUUUUUAAAGACUGCUUGUGUUUUAUGGAUUGAUUCCUAUAUCUUUAUAUUCAAAUGCCUAUUAGUUUAAGUAAUUUAUUGUAUUUUUGUUUAUAUAGACUUGUAAAUAAAGAAAAUUUGAUUAAUGUGUCAUA